AUGCAACCCACGAGACUGCUUACCAAGCAAGCCGCGUCUCUGGUCCGCGCGGUUCCCGUGGGCGGCACACCCUCUGCGGGUGCAACGAGAGACCUAGGACGAGUCCGAGACGCUUCCGUCAAAGGCAUGGGCCAAAAGCCGAGUAUCAGGUACCAUGCUGGCAGGCCACUCCUUCGAAGAAUUGGCAAAUGUCUCGCGUUCGGCUGCAACCCUCAGCAGACCGCUGAUGCUGCUGCGCUGGUUCGCACGAUUGUAAACAGGUGGUCCGGCAUCCAGAUGACCCUGGAAGGGCGUGGCACGCACGAGGACCUCGUGUACAAGGGACCGCUAUGGGAAGGCGGCGACAAGAGCCUUGAGGCAUCGCAACCGCCAUGGCAAGGCCUUGGCCGACAUACCCAACUGGCACGAGUAGCUCAGCAGGCCGCGGUGCGCUUCCUCGACUACAGUCGUGCGACGGCGGCCCCCGAAGACCGGGACCAAUGGCAGAUACUUCGAAACGAAAAGAUUCAAAACGACCCGCAUUAUACACCGCGAUUGAUGGCUACCGGUGUCCAGUUCAGCCAUGUCCUCAGCCGCAUGGAGCAACCGCAACUCGUCAGCGCUUGUGCCCGACUCAACUACUCCUCCAAGAGCUUCCUUGAGCAGGGUUAUUUUACACUCAAGGUCUUCGUCUGGUCACAUUUGCACAUGACUAGAUUAGCAGAGGUCACUCUUUGGGUGAGAUACAACCGAAACGCGGACCCGGCCAUGGCGCAAUUCCUCGACAGGGAAUUGAGGCGAUUACUCACACUUGGCCGGGACCCAGCGGUGUACGACCGGGUGAGACAAGAACAUGACGCCGUCUUGUCGGCCAUUGAUAAACUAGAAAAGGAGACCUGGGAUAGGCACGAUGCCGUCGAGGAUUUUGGCACCGCCUCCUCCGACUAA